AUGGCCGUGGAAAUUAAACAGACCUUGGAACGGGAGUAUGAGAUUUUCCUUACCGCGCAGGAUAUUCGCAAUCUCAAUUUCGCUAAGCUCGCCAAAAUAUUUGAGAAAGAUAUGAAGAACGAGGAACUCACCGAGAUAACAGGAAUGAAAUUACUCAUUCGUAUAGAGGGUUGUGCAAACGUCUUUGAUUUGCUGGUGCCAAAAAUCGAAGGUUCAGCGACGUGUUUGCAAUACAACACGCAUAACAUCGGCACAGACUUAACAUCAAUAAAAGAUAUCACUAAUUGCCUUUUAGAGCACAUUUUGAGCAGAGAACAAAAAUUGCCACAGAAUUUUGUACUAGUCGGCUAUUCGUAUGGAUCGAUAAUUGCUAUUGAAUUAGCGCAGAAGUUAGAAGAAAUGAAUCUCAAAGGCCGAUUGAUACUCAUCGAUGGAGCACCCGAGCAUAUAAAGGCAAUGGCUAAUGUAAUUUGUCCUUUCACUACGUUAGAUGAAUUCCAGAAUAAUGUUUUUUUGGGUAUAUUGGGUUUGUUUCAAUCAGCAGCUAGUGAAAAGUUUGUGUUGGAGUUGAACAAAUGUACUAAUACUAAUUGGGACGAAAAGUUAGAAAUUUUUUUGAAACAUGUUUCUUCGGCUUAUUCACAAGUAAUGAUUGACAAAAGAAAAGCUUUGUGCACAACAAUAUAUAAGCAUUUGAACGGUCUUCAUGAAUACGAUGUGACACAAGCACCGAAAAUCGAAUCACUUAUAAUACUUUUGAAGCCUACGACAUAUUCAUUACUUUUUCCUCAAGAAGACUAUGGCCUGCACAAGAUUACUGCAGAUAAAGGAAAGAUAGAAAUACACUAUGUUGAAGGCAAUCACAUGACAAUAAUGGACAAUGAGAAAGUCGUUGCUGCAAUUAAUGAAACAAUUAAUUCUAUUGAACCUAUUAAAAAGCUAUAA